AUGAAACGAAGUGCAGAUGCUAGUCUCUCCGGGGGAUCCCCAAGGCGUCAACUUCGACAAGACCCGGUCUCAUGUGAAUCAUGUCGGAGGAAAAAGCUCAAGUGCGACAGGAAUCUACCAUGCAGCAGUUGCUCUGUCCGGAAACUAGACUGCAGCUAUGGGGCAUACCGUGGUGGUGCCAGGGCCUCCCUACAGCCCAGUCAAACUGAACAGAGACCGGCGGGUACCGUUCCCCGUGAUUCGUCGUUGAAUCCGCGAGGUAUGGGGACGCAGAUCCGGGGCGGCAACGAGUCUACACAGACAGUAGACUGGCUGGAGAAUAUUGUUAUGGGGCCUCGGGUCCCCAGUGCUGUCCCGGCUACCUUGAGGGCAGAGCUGUCCCAUCGAGACAGCGAGAAUUCACCAUCGCAGUAUCUUUCCCCUCUUGAAGAAUCGAGAAUUCUGAGGCAAGACGUUUUCUCUCAGGAGCACCCUGCAACUAUUCAUCUGGGAUCCAGCCUACCACCCCAUGCAGAAGCGUUACGCGUAUUUCGAUACUAUUGCAUGUAUCUCGACUUUCAGUAUCAUCUGAUAAUACCAGCCCAGGUGGAACAACAUAUUGAAGAUAUCUACAGAAACGAUGCACGGCGCCUACCGAUGAAUCUCGCCCAUGUUGCUUUGCUGUUCAGCAUCCUUGCUUCCGCACUAUAUUAUGAACAUUUAGAGGAUGGAUCGGGGCACGCUGAAAAAGUCAGUCGGGAGACAACAUUCCUAGCAGGUGCAGCAUUGAUACAAGGGAAUUAUCUUUCCUAUCCUACCAUCGAAGGGCUUCAAGCAACUAUGAUAAUCGGCCACCAGUUGUCGAACAUGAAUCUACCUCCAUCAGUCAGUUCAUUGUUCUUGCAUCGGUCAUCUGUGAAUCAGGCUAUUAGCAUGAGGCUUCAUCUCAUCGACUCUCCUCAGCUUGUGAACGAGCGUAGGUCAGUCCAAUCUGACGAACCGGAUGUUGAACUCAAACGUCGGCUGUGGUGGGACUUGGCCGCAUACGACUGGCUGAUAGGAUUCCUGAGCGGACCUCAAGAAUGGACCUACUCAAUUCAGCCUCAGCAUAUGGUCGUCAACGAGCCACUGAACAUUGAAGACGAAGAUAUUGGCAGAGUUGGCCAAGGUCAACCCAUGUCUACCCCCACAGUAAUGUCAUACAGCCUCUGUCGAAUGAAAUUAGCUAUCGUGUGCCGUCAAGUUGUAGACGGCACCUCGCAAUAUCAUCUGCGCGGUCAAGAAGUACCAUACGACAUAACACUCGCCCUUGACCGUGAACUCCAAAAAAUUUUGUCGGAAAUUCCAUCUUACUUCCGCUUCGAUCAGGACUCGCAACGUGAAUAUUCUCAGCUCUAUCAGGACAGACCUACCUUCGCCUGGCAAAGAGCCAUGGUGCAACAAGGGUAUCAUUCUCGAUUUUGUCGCCUGCACCGUGGCUAUUUCGUGCGAGGGGCGAAGGAUCCCAAAUACUCCUACUCGCAUGUGGUAUCCCUUCAAUCGGCGCGCAAGGUUCUCGAAAUAAAGCGCAUCAUGGACGAGGAAGGGCCGGUCUUCACACCUCACAGUUCCGUGGUGUGGUCUAUCAUGCAUCAUGUUUUUAUGGCAGCUGCAAUCUUACUCAUCGACGUUUGUUUCAACUGGGACGAUAUACUAGCCGAGAAGCGAAGAUCAGAGGUCCUUGAUGCAUGCCGUAUGCUUGGUCAGGCUCAACAGUCGUCGCCCACUGCGCGCCAAGGAAUCAAUGCCAUGAUGGACAUUUUGCGAAAGCACUGGAGGCAUGAAAGACAUCCAGCCUCCCGUGGCCGGGAAAAUGAUCUGCUUACUUCGUCAGAUGUCUCUCAAUCCUCACGACAGAAUAUUCCGACGCCCGUUUCCAUCAGCGUUGCAAGUACUGCGCCUCAUCAAGCCCCAGAUCGCCCGUUGGCUCUAGAAUCGACAAAUCUUCCUUCUGAUCCGCCCCUGCUAGAGGACUUGUGGGCAGAAUUACUAAAUGACGGCGCCCACGCUGAGCUAGAUACACCAGACUGGACUGUUCUCUUAAACGAACUUACGAAUGUCACGCUACCGAGCGAUAACUCACCUCAAUGCAAUCAUCUAUUCAAUAUGUCCCCCAAGAAGAACGACCUCCCCUAUAUCCGCCGCUACAUCACGACCCACAACACCGAAGGCGAGGCAGUAUUUAUCUCCCAUGCACAAGUCCCCGACUACCUACCCUCCACACCAGCAGGGGACGAUGGCGAGAUAGCCCUGUUGUACGCUACCACCAGUGAUCCAGCCUCUACAGACGCCGAAGCAGAUGUCGCCAUGUACGACGAAUUCCUGCAUCAACCGCCGGGUAUCACAGUUGACGAAGGAACCAUCUUCCGGCUGAUUGAUCUGCGUCCAGGGAAGGCAAUGCCGAUGCAUCGAACGGUCAGCUUAGACUAUGGCGUCAUUAUCGAGGAGGAGGUCGAUCUGGUGCUGGACUCUGGUGCGUGUCGGCGGAUGCAUCGUGGAGAUGUCAGUGUGCAACGGGGUACGGCACACUCAUACCGCAAUCGCAGCCAUACAGAAUGGUGCCGUAUGUUGUUUGUCUUCUUGCCUAUGCAGAAGUUGAAGAUCCAGGGCAAGGAAUUGGAGGCGGAAGUGUACGAUGAAGGGUUUGAUGCAGAGAGCGAAAGCCCUGAGGCUGAUUAG